AUGUCCGCCCCUCCGAAAAAGCGAUGUGCUGUUUUAGGAGCAACCGGAGCGGUUGGAACGCGGUUCAUCCUUCUGCUUGAGCAACACCCACUGCUUGAACUAGUAGCACUGGGCGCUUCAGACAGAUCGGCGGGUAAGACGUACCGCGAUGCCGUGCGCUGGAAGCAAUCGUCCCCCAUGCCAGCUAUAGCUGCAGACUUGAUUGUUCGCCGUUGCAUUCCCACUGAAUUCUCAGACUGCGAGAUUAUUUUUUCCGGGCUAGACCCAGAUGCCGCUGGAGAGAUUGAAUUAUCUUUUCUCAAGGCAAAUUUCGCGGUCUUCUCUAACGCAAAAAAUUACCGAUUGGACCCCGUAGUGCCGUUAGUUGUUCCUCUAGUGAAUGCGGGUCAUCUCGAGGUAAUUCCAUGGCAGAGAAAACAUUAUGGUCUCGACAAGGGAAUGAUUGUGUGCAAUUCAAAUUGUGCAGUGGUUGGCUUGGUUAUUCCAGCCAAGGCCCUUAUUCAGAAGUUUGGGCCUAUCGAUGCUGUGAGCAUGGUGACUAUGCAAGCUGUUUCGGGGGCAGGCUAUCCCGGGGUUAGUAGCAUGGACAUUUUCGACAACAUUGUCCCCUACAUUCCUGGGGAAGAAGGCAAGAUAUCCACUGAAGCACGCAAAAUUCUAGGUGACUUGACCUCAGACCUGGCUGGCUUUAGUGAUCAAACACCUCUUAAAGUAUCGGUUGCAUGCAACCGUGUCCCUGUUUUAGAUGGCCACACUGUGUGCGUGUCCUUGCGUUUCAUGAACCGGCCGGCACCAACAGCAGACCAGGUUCGGGAUGCGUUGAGAAACUACACAUCAGAAGUUCAAGUAUUAGGAUGUCCAUCCGCCCCAAAACAUGCUAUUCAUGUUCUAGAUGAAGUAGAUAGGCCACAACCUCGACUUGAUAGAGGUAAUGAAGGCGGCUACGCUUGUACUGUGGGGAGAAUCAGGGAGGAUGACAGUGGAGUCUUUGAUAUCCAAUUUGUUGCUCUCAGCCACAAUACAAUCUUGGGAGCAUCAGGUAGUAGUAUUUUGAAUGCUGAGAGUGCUAUCCUGAAAGGCUAUAUUUAA